AUGCAGCCCAUACAACCGUAUGCCAUCUGGGCUCUGACAGCCCUCAUCGGCCUGCUGCCGUCGACCAAGGCCUUGGCCACGCCACCUGAACUCUCGGCCCUCGAAGAGCUCGACCGGCUCUCGCCCACCCGCGAACCGGUCCCCUCGGCUAUCCACGAUGAUGGUGUCGUCGGAUCCUCUACCGCCUACUUCGACGCAUCGGAUCCGUAUCGCCUCGUUCCCGCUCAGCAUGCGUACGCAACGCCGAUCCAGCAGGACUCGGAAGCAUACCGACACGAACGCAGCCUUGCGUCCGGCCCCAGCUUCGACCGAGGCCCGGUUGACGGUCUGGAUCUGGCACCGUUUCAGCACCGCGCUCCUCUGCAAUCACAUGCCGGCACAGGUUCAUCGACUGGCAUCGAGCAAGCGACGCUCCGGACUCCGACCUUGGCCGCAGACAUCCUCCCGCGAUCGCCCGCCCGUAUGAACGAGCUCCUGAAGCGGGGCAUCGACCUGCUCCGCCGGGGCGAGUACGAGGCUCGAUACUUGGGCCCGGACCUGGUUGGCAUCGGCGGCGACGAGCUCCGGUCCUGGCUCACGACCAUCUACCGAAUCCGUCUGGCCUACUCGAGGAUCACCGAGUACGACUUCCCCGAUGGCUGGAGGCGGUUCGGGCGGGUCGAGAUCGACGUGGUGCGGGACUACAACGCGUUGGCCAACGUGAUGCAGGUGGUGAGGAGGUACACGGGCGGCCCCGACGCCAGCAUGUCGCCGGGCGCCUUCCACGGCCUCACAUGGCCGAUGCAGGACUUCCCCGUCGGCGACUACCGCAUCCACGUCCACACCGGUCGCGGUGGGGAAAAGGCGUUCCGGUCCCGACCGUGGGCCAACCCCGAGCAUCCCGUCGUCGCCUACUAUCGAGGACCGCCCGAUCAAGGCAAGCCAAAGUGGAUCGUCAUCGGCCGGAUGGUGGUCAAGGUCGAAAACCCUUUCUUCGAGUGGCCCUAG